AUGAAUUCAAAUCUUACAAUUACUAAUGGGUAAAUUUGCUCCCCUAAUCUCACAGGCAACGAACUUAUAUUCAUUAAAAGACCAAUAAUUAUCAAAAAGCCUACCAAUACCAAUAAUAAUUAUAACAAUAUUUAAUGUUAAACUAACACUAAUGCUAAUAAUGCUAUUCAAAAUAGGAGCAUGAUAAACACUUCAAAUAUUGAACAAAACUAUGGAUAAUCUGCACAAGAUAAUUUACUAACACCUUAAUAAAAACAAGCAAAUUAAUUUUUAACUGAUUAAAAUAAAUCGAAGCACGCUAAAUACCCAAGAGAGUCUAGUCUUCAUUCUUCAGGCUAAUAGCGAAAGUCAUUUGUUAUGGUAACUGAAAAAAUUUCAGGAGUAGAAAAUAAAGAAAUGCUGAAUGGAGAAUCUCAACUGUAAUAUUCUCAGGUCUAUAAUGUUCAAGCUCAUAAAAAUAUUUAGAAAUAGAUCAUUUCUCAAAGAUAUUUAAUUAAUAAUGUUACGCUCAGCAAUAAUGUUUUGGACGCUAAUUUAUUAAUCAAGCGACCUCCUUCUGCGAGUUUAAAUUAAAAAAAUAAACACUAAAUUACUGUGUUUUAAUAGCAGCAGCUAUCGUUUUUAAGCAGCUAACAGUAGAAUUUAUCUAAUGGACUUAAUAAAAAACUAACUAUAAACAAUAUUUAAUCAGCAUCAGGGCAUUAAAGUUAGAAUUAAAAGGGGAAUUAAAUAUCAUACAAGUAAAAAUAAAAAAUUACUAACGACAACUUUAGAAAAGAUAAAAAUGAAAAUAAUUUUAACAAAAAAGAAGAUAUCCCAUCAUAUUUUAUGGAUAACUAUAAUGAUGUUAGGCAAGUAGUGUUUUACAAAGACAACAACCCAAGCUACACUUAGAGGCUAUUGAAAGAAAAGAACGAAUAACAGAUAGUAGUAAGUUCAAAAACACAAGAUGCAUAUUAGAGUUCAAGAAAUUAAAAUAAAUAUCUCAGCAAUUCGACUCUUAGAAAAAAAGACCCUAACCUUCUUAGGGAAUCUGAUGAAUUCUAAAUGUAAAAAAAUUUCCAAGUAAAUUAUUAGUCAAUUGAAAAACCUUCGAUUCUGAACAAAACGCAAUUAACAAAUUCUUAUUUCAUUGAUUCAUCAGUUAUUAAAUCACCUUUAAUGAGUUCAUAGAAGAGUAAACAAAACUUAACUACCAGUUCAAAACAAAUUAAAACAUAUUAACUUGACAAGCUAAUGACUAAUACAAAUCAUAAAAACUAAUUCUAACAAAAUAGCUUAUCUCCUUAUCUCUAACCUAAUAAUAUUGUCAAGAAUUACGAGACUAACCAAAAGAAUUCUAAUUCAAAUUCUCCUAAAAAUUCUAACCGUCUGAGGUAUUUAGAUGAUUCUAAUGUCCAUGAUGAAAGAGACGAUUAGAGUUUGUAAUUAUAAAAUUCCUACAUAGAAAUAUUCUCCAGUGAUCUUUCCAAAUUUAAACAAAUUGCUACUAAAUUAGAACAGUCUUAGCACCCAAUAAACGAAUAAGAGCACUAAGAAAAAUCAAGAAAUUCAUCAGAUUCUCUUGAUUCUUCAAGAAAAAAUCAAUAGAGAAAGCAUGCUUUAGCGGUAAGCAACAUGCAAAUGAAUAAUGAAUAGAAAAAAAAUUAAUCAGCUUAAAAUUAGAAGUAAAAAUAAUCUAAACAAAAUAAAAUUCAUGAAUUUUAAAAAGAAGCUAAAAUUGUAAUAUAAGAACCACCUAAUAAAGUUUUAAGUUAAAAUUAAGAGCACAGAAUCUCACAGUUAAGACAUAAGCUGCUUGAAGCUAAUGAAAAAGCAUUGGCUAGAAAAAUAUUAGUAAAAAAAAGGUCAAUUGCCAAACAAAAAUCGACAAAUCUAUGCUCAGUAGAUGACAAAAACUGCUCUGAUUAAGAAGAGAAUUAGCAAAAACUUGAAUGUGAAUAACCUAAAAAAACUACAAAAAGUAUAAAUAAAUAAAAUAGAAUCACUAAAAAAGGUUCUUUAAAGAAAUAAGACUCAAAUAUUAUCAGCAGCACAUCUUAAGUAGAGUUAUCUCAUGUAAAAUCUUUAAAAGUAGACAAUGAAAUUGAAGCUCCUCAGCAAAAGAGGAAAUUUUCUGAAAAUAGAGGAACCUCGUAAAAAAGACCCCCACUACCUCUAUCAACAAAUACAAAAAAACAAAAAGAAGGAUUUGAAGAAGAAGAUGACGAUUUUCCCUCUUUAUCAAAUCUCUCUGAAAUAGAAAAUUAAUACGACAAUUUAGAAUUUGAAGAUUAAGAAGAAGAUGAAAACCAAAACGACUAAGAUUAAAAUCAAGAAAAGACCAUUUCAAAUUCAAUGCAUUCUUCAAAUAAAGAUUAGGUUGGUUCUGCUACUGAAUUAGCAGCUAAAAAACAAAUUAUAAUAAACAAACCUUUGCCUGUUGUCACCUUAUUAAAAUCAGUUUACGAAGGAAGACCAAGCACUAUUUUUUUCGAAUAUCCUGAUUGCUGCUUUAAGAAAAGAGAAUAAGGUAAUCGUACGUAUAUUGCAAAUCCGAAAGAAGUAAAGAAAUGGAAUUUGACAUAUAGAAUGAAUGACUGUAAUCGUCCAUACUAAUGUGUAACAAAGAGUUUUGAAGCAGGAGGAUUUGUAGAAACAUUAUCAAAUACAUAAUGGAAUGGGUAUUGGGCAAGCAACAGAAUCAGCUUCAUUAAAAAACUAAAUAGCUUUUAGAAAACGAAUCACUUUGCAGGAUGCUGGAAUUUAGGAAGAAAAGAUUAGCUUUGGAUGAGAGUUUCAAAAUAAAAGAGAAAAUUCAAUGAGGACUAUGAUUUUAUACCAAGGACUAUGCUGCUUGGUUAGGAGUGGGAUAGAUUUAACACGCUUUUAGAAGAUAAUCCUGAAACUCUAUGGAUAGUCAAGCCAGUAGCUUCUUGUUGUGGCAAAGGAGUGCAUGUUGUUCAAAAAAAAUGCAAUAUUGCCAAGAGAAAACGUAAACACUAUUUAGCUAGUGAAUAUAUUUCAAAUCCUCAUUUGAUAAAUGAUACUAAAUAUGAUUUAAGAAUAUAUGUCUUGGUGACUUCUUAUGAUCCGCUUCGUAUUUAUAUGUUUGAAGAUGGUUUAGUGAGAUUUGCCACAGAAAAAUAUAAUUUAACUUAGAAUGGACAUUAAAGAUAAAGAUUUAUGCAUUUAACUAAUUAUAGUGUGAAUAAAAAGAGCGAAAAUUUUGUUAAAAAUAAUGAUGUGAACGACUCUGGUUAGGGUUCUAAAUGGUCUCUAAAAUCUUGGAAGGAAUAUCUUAUUUAAACAAUAGGAUUAGAAGCUAAAGAGUAGUUGCUAAAAAAAAUGGAAGAUGUAAUAAUUAAAACAUGUAUCGCAGUAGAACCUUAUAUGAAUGAUAGUUCGAGCAAGACAGCUUAACACAGAAAUAAUUGCUUCGAAUUAUAUGGUUUUGACAUUUUAAUAGACAAUACUCUAAAGCCUUGGCUUUUGGAAGUUAAUGUAUGUCCAUCACUUAGUAGUUCCUCACCAUUAGAUAGAAAAAUUAAGACAAGUCUUAUAAGCGAUAUUUUCAAUACAUUAGGCUUUAUACCUUAUGAUAAAAAGAAGCUCUCUCAGGAAAAAAAAUUUAGCAACAGAAAUUAAAAAAAAAAGAAAACGAGAUAUUCUGUAAAUAUGAAUAAAGUAAUAAAAGAAGAAUAAGAAUAGGAUAAUGUCAACGAGUUAUUGUCGCCAAGAAUUUUAUCUAAUUUAAAUACUACUAACACAAACAUUUAAUAAAAUGUUUAAAAUAGUCUGACUAUUUCUACCUCUGCAGUCAGCAAUCAGACAACAAUAACAAGCGGGUUUAAUUUUAACGCAUCUGCAUCAUAAACAAACAUUAAUAUUGAAGAUAAAAAGAACUUCUCUAAAAAUAUAAAAGACAUUGUUGAUUUGAAUGAAAACAAUUGUUUCUAAAAGUUAUCUUAUGAUGACUGGGAAAUUCUUUUUGAAAGUGAUGAAGAAAAGUACAGGUGUGGCGAAUUUAAAAGAAUAUUUCCUUCAAGUGAUCUUAAUUUGGUUGAUUACUAUAGCUAAUUUUUUUUAUUCCCUAGAUAUAAUAAUAUUAUGCUUUGGAAUUAUCUCAAAUGCAGUAUCAACAUGCUGGAAUAUGUAUGUCCAAAAUCUACUACUAUAAAGUGUUGA